GUGACGUCCGUAAUUUUCAGUGACGUAAAUCGUUUUCUUUCAGGUUUCAGUUUUGUGUGAUUUCAGUUUCUGCCUAGCUAAAGUACCUGUAAACUAGUAUUUUCUCAAAAACACAUUAUAAAUGUGAUUAUUUACAUUCCAAUCAAAAUGUUUCCAAACAUAAACACGACAGUUUUAUGAUUUAUCCGAAAAUUGUGAGCAAAAUAAAGUCAUGGAUGUAAGCGAUAGUCCCAGCGAUUAUGAUGACGGUGGCGAGAUCCCUAUCUGGCAGGAGCCCCGUCGGGAGCCCCUGGGGGCUCCUAAGGAGACGUUAUGCGACGAGAUUCCGCAGAAUUCUGGGGACAGAUUGCACGCAUUGGAGGAAGAACAAGAGAUACUAUCUUCUUCCGUGUUUUCUUUGACCUCGCACCUGGCGCAAGUGGAGUUUCGUUUGCGACAGAUAUUGAAAGCGUCGCCGGAGGAGAGGGAUGCUAUGUUGAAGGAGUUGGAGGAAUUUACAUCGCGAGGAGUGCCAGGGGCGAGGGCAGCGCCGCAGGGGAGCUCUGGAGAGGCGAGUUGCGCGGAAUGUGUGGAGCUGGAGACGAAGAUACGUCGACAGCGCACCAAACAGGCGCACUUUAUCGAGAGGUUGCAGACACAGCUGAAGGAACUCGAAAGGUUUGCUGUUGAUCCACAAGCAAGUGACAAACAGCACAGAACUCUUAUAGAACAUUUACGAUCUGAAAUAGACCGCAGUUUGGAAGAAGGUUGUCACCAGCCACUAAGUGCAGAUGAACUGAGACAUCAGAUCAACUGUGCAGUCCGGCAAUAUGCUGACAAACAGCUCUCUAAAGAAGAAAUCAUCUGCAAACUACAAGCUCAUAUCGAAGAUAUGCAGAAGUUUAUAAAACUGAUGAAAAAUGAAGAUCUGAAAAACUCAAAAUCUAAAACACCAGAACCAAAAAGUACAAAAUCACAGAACUCUUUUGACAAGACAUUUAGCAAAAACAAAGCUAAUAAUGACGAUCUUCGGACAGAGACUAUUAAUUUAAUGAGAAAAGCAAGUACAUUAAUUCAAAUUUUCACCGUCUCACAGUUUGGUUGUUCACCAAACUCAAGUAGAAAAGUUGAGAGGCAAUCAUCAACUAUUGUCACACAUUGGGGUAAUCUAAGAGCGAAGCUAGAAAUGUCUAUUGAUGCCGUUCUCCAUCUGGUCUCCCGUAACAGACAAAAUCAUAACAUAAUGGACACAUAUGACAGUGAGUCUGAAGAAGGUGGCGUUGUAAUCAAUGAUAUACCAUUAACAACAGCAGUAAGGAGACAUUUAGCUGUAAAUAUCCGUGAUUUGCUUCAACACGGCCUAACAGGACCGGAGUCAAACUCUCUAGUCCCUAUAAUAGGGUGCUUCCCUGUCCGGAGAUCAUCGUCUAGUGCCACACAUGUAUGGGAUCUCAUUUUACGUUACUAUGAGAUCAAUGAUGGUGACCGAUUCAAUUCUACACCUGCUAGGAAACUCAGUCAGAGUUUCAACUUAGACAUUGUCGGUGGAAAUGCUAUUUCCAACAAACAAAGUUUAUUAAGCGCUAUUGGUAGUAUCAUAGCUUCUCAUACACCUUAUAAGAGAAGUUAUGAUGCUCAUUUUAAAGCAUUCGUCUGUGCUGCUUUAAAUUCUCACAAAUUAGUGCUCUGGCUGAAUAUAAUACUUAAAUGCCGGUCUCUGGUUGAUUCAUAUUACUCUUCAACCAGCUAUGUUGUCAAUACUGGGUUUCAAGAUGCCCUGCAGAGUUUAGACCGACUAACCCCACACAAUUUUGACUUACCAGUCGAUCUCGCUGUAAAACAGUUCCAAAAUAUCAAAGAUGUGUUUAUGUAAGUUAUUUAUUUUUAAGAAUAAUAUUAUACAUAAUCAAUAAGUAAGGCCUGAAAUGCAUUUAUUAUGUACUUAGCCUAAUUGAUAAAUUGGUUCUAGUCCAUUUUAGUAUUCCAAGUACAUAUUAUUAGAUUUAGAAAUUUGUUCUGGCCACUGGCUUCACUUAUCAGAAUAAAAAUAUGUAUAUUUCUUGAGUAAAUAGGUACUAGUCCUUAUAAACUGAUCUAAAUUGCUCUCUAAUAACCCAUUCAAUGCCACAGAGGUGUAAUGAGGACACAAAGUUAUAUACACAGCGCCAUAUCAAACGCUUUCAAUUGUGAUUUUCUUGUAUCAAAUAUGUUGGGAAUGAAUGACAUUUAGGUAUAAUUAUGACGAAUGGCAGCGAAAGGGAAUGACAAAUGUUCUCCAAUCAUGUAAUAGUCUUUAUAGUACAUAGUUUGUGAAGCAAUCAAUACAAUCCAGUAUUGUGAUAUAGUAUUUUACUUGUACUAAGUUACCAAACCGUACCAAAGAUGUACCAAAGUAAUUGUUAAGAGCGCAACCUGUAAAUGACGGAAUAUUAUCGCUAAAUAUAACGGUAGCUAAAGCAUC